AUGAGCGACCAAAUGGGACAUAUGAACGCUUCAGUGUCCAACUCUGAGCCCCGGAAUCCAACGGAUCAGUUAAGUACACUCGACUCGUUUGACAAAGGCAACAAGAAGAAAAAGUUUUCUCACACAUGGACCGAAAAAGAAGAUGAGAUGUUAGAAGAAGCCGUACGGUGUAACGGUGCGAUGCAUUGGAAAGUAAUAGCUGACAUGAUUCCAGGUCGUUCUCGUAAGCAGUGUAGAGAGCGGUAUUGUUAUCACUUAGACCCCAAAAUCAAUAAACGGAUGUGGUCUAUUCAAGAAGAUCAAUUACUGGUUAACCUCCACAAAGAGGUUGGUAAUCACUGGAGUUAUAUGAAGAAAUAUUUGCCUGGACGAACCGCAAAUGCCAUCAAAAUAGAUUCACGUCGAAGGCUAAAAGCAACCAAAAACGGGCUUUCAGUAUUCACCGCGGUCAGCACGGAGUUAUACUCAGUGUUCUGA